AGCUAGUUUCUCCAGUAAACUGCGUCAGACUCUGUACUGCUACGGUCUGUCAACAUGGCGGCCACCGUUACGAGCAAAUGUUUUAGUCCUCUGGCUCUCAUCACCAGGCGGAUUUGUGUGCCGGAGUUUUUCACCCAGUGCUUCUACCACAAGAAGGUGAUUGAUCAUUAUGAAAAUCCACGGAAUGUGGGCUCACUGGACAAAAACUCCAAGAAUGUCGGGACUGGCUUAGUAGGAGCGCCAGCCUGUGGAGAUGUUAUGAAGCUGCAGAUCGAGGUUGACGAACAGGGGAAAAUUGUGGAUGCCAAGUUCAAAACCUUUGGCUGCGGCUCUGCUAUCGCCUCCAGUUCUCUGGCCACUGAGUGGGUGAAGGGCAAAUCUGUGGAUGAAGCCCUAACAAUUAAAAACACUGACAUUGCCAAAGAGCUCAGUCUUCCACCUGUUAAACUUCACUGCUCCAUGCUGGCCGAGGACGCCAUCAAGGCUGCUCUGGCUGACUAUCGUGUCAAGCAGCAGGACAGCCAGCAGGGGGCGGUCGAGACCAGCAAAUAAACAAAGUUCUCUUUUACUCUUUAAGUGCGACAUCACUGCUCACAUCAUGCUGCCAGCAGGUGAAGAUGCAGAAUUUUACUGUCGUAAACUAACGCACAACAUCGAGCUUCACCGAACCUCCUCACCAGUGUUUCUGCAGGAUUAAAGUCCUGGCUUUCGCACCAUGAACACUUUAUUUUUUUUAGCCUGUCAAAUAAACGCACAAUGUCUGAGUUUCUAGUAUAAAGUCUGGCCUUAUUAUUUUUUUUUUGACGGGAGCGGGGGUUCUGAAUUUAUAACUCGUUUGUUGGAGAGUGGGUGACCUGUCUUAACACUCGGGCCUGAUGUUCUUGUAUGUUUAUGCAACUAAGCAAAAAUGUUAAGGGUUCCACUGGUUUUACUAUGUAAAUCCUUUUUAAUGUUUCUGUGGAAGUGUCCAAAUAAAUAAUCAUCAGUC